ACCAUUAUAGUCUCAAUCGUUCAUUCAUCCUUGUCCCCUGUCCUUGUCUUCAUUCCAAAAUAUCCACGCUCAUUACCAGGCGGUCUCAAGGAAAGGUAGAGAGCGGACCAACUUUUCCAUAGCACAACUCGAUCUGAACAAGUGUUGGACAAUUCAUAAUAUUCUCCCAUGCAAUCGGUGGUGAGGUCAGUCAAACCGGGAUCAUCCCUGAGUAGAGCCAUCCACAGGCAAAACAAUGCCAGUGUACUACUACAGCCCACAAGGAUGAAUACAGCCUUCCAACAACGCUUUACAAUAACGACAGGCUCAGCAGUAUGUUCUAAUACAAGUGUUCCUACAUGUUCAAACUCAGGAUCAACAACAUCGUCUUUAGGCACUGGUCGGGCACAUUGGGCUCAUCGAUCCUAUAGCACACAACAAACUUUUGAGGGGGCUUCAGGAUCAUCAUCAUCUGUCACUGUUCAGGAACUUGAGCAACUCUUAGCCAUAGGCGAUUUUGCAGGAUUUCAACAAGCAUGCGUUGCAGUAACCGCUACUAUUGGUAGCAAUAAAACCGCGGCCACUAAAGAGCUUUUUCACUUUCUCUUAAAAACACUUGCAGAGCAACCCAAGGCGUUUGCUCCGCUUGCUUCAACAGCAUCGAUUCCUACUAAACAAGAUGAUACUUUUGAUCCGCUCAACAGCGCUAUUGGAAUCCUAACAGACAUGGGCCGUGAAGCCAAUAUGGGGAGGGCUGCUUUACAGCCUGAUAGAUCAACCAUAUUGCUGUUACUCAAAGUCGCAACUACAUCUCAAGAAUAUACUAGUCUUUCCGCUGCUCGAGCGCAUUGGCAGUCUGUGUAUGCACUUGUAGAUGUAAUUAGACAUGGUCGCUUGCCCGCAGUUAUGUCAUUAGAACAAUGGGAAUUGCCCGAUUUGAACAACGUUGAAUUGGACCAAGCUUUAUGGAAGGCCAUGUUUGAAUGUAUACAGUCAGCUUCUUCCGCAGUCAUUAGAGAGAAUAAUACAUCCCGGCCUGUACAAUUCCUAAACGAGUUAAACACAAUGAAGUUUUUGAUGGCGGACCAACUAAUUCGACUUGACAAUGUGGUGAUGGAUGACGGAUUAUGGGGUUUUGUUGUUCAGGCACUUGGAGACUCAGAAUCACGAGAGCGACUUGAAAAUAUUUUACCAAAGCUGCAUGCUAUGGAUCCUACGAGCGCCGAACUUUACUCUAAUAUUGCAGAAGCUCUUGCCAAAUGUGGAUCUAUUGGACGUGCAACCGACAUCAUGCAUACGCUUUCGCACACACGCGAUACGUUGCCCUCUAUUGGGCCGUUUGUUGCACUGGCCCGUCACCAUGCUAAGACUGGAAACUAUGAGGCCAUUCGACAUGAUUUCAAGGUUUGGGUAGAUAAAGGACAAGCUUCGGACAUCAAUCAAAUCCGACUCAAAGAUAUCCAUCGGUCCAUGAUGUCCGCCUGUGCAAUUACCCUGGAUAGGAUAGUGAACAUGGUUUCGACGACGACCAGGCACCGACAGAUGAAUACACUGCCAAAAGAUGUACUUCCCGCUAUUACUACUCCGCCUCAGUUGAGCUGGCUACAAUUUAACGAAGUAAAGUAUAUAUGGCGCCAGAGUCAGGAGGCUAUGGAAGGCAUACCCAAGGACGAGUGGACUGUGGAAGACUAUGAUACAGCAGUCCGCAUCACUACUAGAUUGAAUUUGCUACAACCACAUGAAUGGGGACUACAUGAUUAUGCGAGGAAGUUGUUCAUUGAAAUGAAGAAGGACUAUAAAUUGAGACCCCUGAAAGCAACGUAUAUCACUAUGAUGGAAACAACAGCCAGAACGCGUGAGUAUGGUGUUUCCCGCGAGUCGGGAGACACUUUCCGGAGGGUUAUGAGGAUCUUUGAAGAGAUGACGUCUUGGGGAGGCUAUAGUGUUCAAUCGCCACAAGAUUUUGGGCCAUUAAUUGAAGCCUGUUUUGGAAUGACGUCUCAUUCGCCCUUUGUGGCGAGUCAAUGGAUUCACUCGAACCAGUUGUAUACACAUUUGGAGAAGCAGCUAAAGUUUGUAGAAGCUAAAAUGCGAGAUAUCCUGGAGUCAAAUGGAGUUAAUCAACGAAGCGGUGAUAACAAUAAUUUUAGAAGUGGUAAUGGUUUUGCUCGAUACCACGACUCGACAACGAUGGCGAACGUGUUGGCUGGUCUAGCGCGUGCGGAUAAGGUAGAUGAAGUCUUGAAGCGGUGGGAGGAGCUACCACUUCAAGGAAUUGAGCGAGAUACCAAAUUGUAUCAGACGAUCAUUGGAGCUUCACAGGGACAGGAUAAACUCGCACGCUAUGUUCUUCGGACUGUGCGUUAUCAAAUGCUGAAGGAGCAGCCAGUAGUAGAUCUGACACCUGAGGUUUUCACGGGCUUGCUAAAUUGUUGUAUCCGUGCACAGGAUCCCAUCUCAGCCCGUAGCCUGAUUUCACAAUGCUCGACUUCGGGUAAAAUCCAAAAGACUGCAGAAUGGUAUAUACCAAUGGUUCGGGCAUGCCUCAUGUUGGAGGGUAUGGAGGAGGAGGGAGGGUUCUUAUUGGAUGAGAUGAGGAAGCAUGAGAUGAAGAUGGGCGGCUUCUCAGGAUCAUUCUAUGAGUUUUUGAUGGACUAUUUCGUCAUGAAGCGACAGGAUUAUCAAGCAGGACGAGAAGUGUUUAAGGAUUUUGUGAGGAGCGAACAAAGUCGUAUCAAUGAAAUACUGACCGCGCACGACAGUGGCAUCAGCAAUGGUCGCCUCCAGGCCAUAGGAGAUGAAGAAGACAUGAACUUAUUGUCGACGACGUUAUCGGAUUGGUUGCUGACAAGGCAGGCCCAGAAACUGCAGAUGCCUGUUAAGCAUUUGGUUGAGCGAGUGGAGAUUUCACAACGAAGUGCCUCGAUGCUGAAUCUUUUGGUUCUGUCACAUAUUCGUGAACGGACUCAGCUUUUGGAGCAUGAGAAACGAUCUGGAUUUGUUUCUGGAGCCAAGGAUCGGCUGAAGGACGCUCAAUUGGUAAUGCAUUAUUUGGUGGAUGGAGGACGUCAGUACUCGAUUAGUGAAGAGAAGAAGCAUGUGGACUUGGAUGGAUCGACAAUACCCGGGGAUGGAUUCUUAGUAGAAGCAACACCGACACAGCGAGACUCGUCACAAUGGUCAGGAUCAUCAUCAGAAAUUUCCCUCGACUCGUCACUUUUGUUCCAUUCACCUACAGAGAGACUUGCUUAUGGUGAUCGCAACAGUCAUGGCGAUGAUGAGUCUAUGACACCUGGUCGUCUCGUGUUUGUUAAUAAGUAUGUGUUGGGCGAAUACAUUGACACAUGCAUUCGGGAGGGUUCGCCAGAGAUGCUUGCUGAGGCAGAUUGGGCGCUCAACACGGUGAUGCCUAGGGUAAUUGGGCGAGCUAGGAUGGUCAGGGAUGGACAGAGACUUCGACAGGCUCUUGAAAGUGCACAACAAAGGCAUGAACAGCAGCAACGAUUACAACAACUGGGUUUGCAACAGUAGCAACAUAUAAUUCAUGGAGAUGAUAAUCUAGGCACAGCUCCGAUACAUACGGUUCAACUUGGAAGUGAAAAGACAAAGUAGAGACGAAGCGCUAAGAGCGUACAGACAACAACUCAAAAAAUUAGACCCC